AUGUCAAGAUUAAAACGAGGUCUUGUUCAUAACUAUAGCCUAAAAUGGAGACUUACUUUUAAUGAGAAAAAAACUGUUGUGCUGACCUUUGGCGAAAAACGAGAUAACAUAUCUGCAAUUACGAACCGCGGGUGGCUUAUAGGAGGUAAAGAAAUCAUGGAGAAAAGUAUCUGGCAUAAUCUUGGAAAAGAUUGGCACACCGACGUUUCCAGCCUUUUUCCAAUACUAGAGGCUGCGAAGAAAGGUCAGGCUAUCGGUAUUGGUUUAGCAAAUCUGGGAUGUAGAUUUAACGGGAUGAGUCCAUUGGUGGCGACUAAGCUGUGGGCACGGAUUGCUCUGCCGAAAAUGUUGUAUGGUGCUGAGUUGUGGACACUUAAUCGAGAAAAACUAUCAAAAUUGGAAAAGGUACAGAAUAUAUUUUUAAGAGUAUGUCUGGGUUUACUUAGUGGUACCUCGGGUUCAGCUGCACGUGGACUUCUUGGUCUCUGGACGGUCGGAGCAGAAAUAGACAAACGAAAGCUUCUGUUUCUCAGACAACUAAUAUGUGCAAGUGAGGACUGUGUACAUCGCAGGGUAUUCAUGAUACGACUUAAUAGAUGGAGAUGGAAUCCGAACAAAAUCACUGGUUUUGUACCAGAUUUGGUUAGAAUCUUACAGAAGUAUUGCUUGUGGGAGUAUAUGGACAAUUUUCUGCAGUCUGGAAAUUUUCCCAGCAAAUCUUAA